UUGAUUUGUUCGUGCACUGUGUAUUCUUGUGAAGAAAAACGAAGAGUGUAAAUCCCCGUUUAAGAAUUUCGAAAAGCUAGUGCAACGGUUUGUCAACCACCUGUAUCGAGUACUGCUGCCUAAAAAUCGAUACUUGUGUGUCGAGUAAAAAACAUGCUGCCAAACUUUGCCCAUACAUCGUCUCAGGAUCUCGUAGUGGAAAUCGAGUUGACCAUCUCAGCUAAGUCUUUGCUAAACAAAGAUGUUCUCUCCAAGUCAGACCCCAUUUGUCUUGUUUACAUCCAGCCCCAAAAUAACUCAACAUGGCAAGAACACGGUAGAACCGAAGUCAUAAAGAAUAACUGCAAUCCAGAAUUUGCUACCAAGAUUAUUAUCGGCUAUCGCUUUGAAGAACAACAGAAGCUAAAAUUUAAAAUCUAUGACAUGGAUGGUUCCAGUCCUGUGUUGGAUGAUCAUGAUUUCCUAGGAGAGGCUGAAUGUUCACUGGGUCAGAUUGUCUCUUCUGUAAAUUUUAUAACAGCACUUCGCCAUCCCAGUUUCAAGAGCAAGGGACAGUUGUGCAUUCGUGCUGAAGAAGUCGGCGACUCACGUAAAGAAGAGGUUGAAUUCAUUUUCAGUGCUGAGGGAUUCAAGAAAAGCGGUUUAUUCAGCAAACCAGACCCGUUUUUAGAAAUUUUCAGAGAAGACACCUUAAUCCAUCGCACGACGUUCAUUAAGAACAAUUGCAAUCCGCAAUGGCCGAAAUUUACUGUACCGAUGCGAGCGCUGUGCGCUAAAAAUGGCCAAGAUGUCAAGCUUUUACUUCGGUCCUGGAAUUACAACAAGAAUGGAAACCAUAAACUACUUGGGGAAAUCGACGUUACCAGAAAUGGUAUUUGUAAUGCUCCACAGACAUUUAAUCUUAUGAAUAAGGGUAAAAUCUCCGGAAAACUUUACGUGAAAGAGGCUGUCCCCAAACGAACGUACUCUUUUCUCGACUACGUCAUGGGAGGCACUCAAUUGAACUGUACAAUCUCAAUUGAUUUUACAGCUUCAAAUGGCAGUCCAAACACUGUGGGAUCUUUACAUUACAUGGGACCAUCUCCUACACCGUACGAGCAAGCGCUACAGUCCGUCGUCUCGAUCAUCCAAGAUUAUGACAGUGAUAAACAGCUUCCGGUACUAGGUUUUGGAGCAAAAGUACCGCCCAAUGGUUCCUUGUCUCAUGAAUUUUUCGUCAACAUGUCUUCAAAUCCAUAUUGCACGGGCGUUGAAGGCGUAAUCGAGGCUUAUAGAAAUUGUCUGCCAGUUGUUCAGUUGCAUGGACCCACAAACUUUGCUCCGGUAAUCAACCACGUCACACGCUUUGCCUCUACGUACCCUAAUGGGGAUCAUUAUUUCAUUCUUCUUAUUCUGACGGAUGGAGCCAUUUCUGAUAUGCAUGAUACUAAGGAGGCCAUCAUCGUUGCGUCCCACUUACCGAUCUCCAUCAUCAUUGUCGGAAUCGGAAAUGCAGAUUUUUCGUCGAUGAUGGAAUUAGAUGGCGACAAUCGCAGAUUGAAUUUAAAUGGCAAAUUUGCCAGCCGUGACAUUGUGCAGUUUGUUGCGUUUCGUGAUUUCUCAAAUGGGGCUGACUCGGUUUGGGCUUCUCGUGAACUAGCUAGGGCUCUUCUUGCUGAAGUGCCUACCCAAUUCUUAGCCUUCAUGAAAUAUAAAAAGUUAACACCGAAAGGGGAAGGAAGCCACUUAAUUUAACAUGUACUAAAUAAAAAUGAAUUUAUUAAAAGCAUUUAAAUUGUUGAAUGA